ACUGACAACGCCAACUUCAAAUAACCGCGGCAACAUGGCAGCUUCUGGAUAUCACUCUUCUUAUGUUCAAAACGUGCAAGAGUACACCUGAUAUAUUUUCACCCAUCGACAUAUAAUGGGUGCUUUCCAGUUGUAGUGCAUCCGAGGAAACGCUAUUAGCCCUACUUCUAUCAUUCUAUCUUCGUUGUUUAUUAGACACAAAACAAGGAUAGAAUGACGCUAAUAGCGUCUCUUCGAACGCACCUUUGAUGACACAAGUGUUCCAUCUUUGUCGCUCUCUGAAUGUCAACAAGGAUAGAACAACACUUGUGUUAACUUGUGUCAUCAAAUGGAAAGCACCCAGUAUUAGAUGGAGCAUAAAGUCCUAAACACAAUGCGAGGCAACAGCGAUAGCGAUAGAAAUAGCGAUAGCGAUAGGAACAGAAGAAUCCAACCUACGGGAAUGCAUAUGUCAAUACAUAUAGGAACACGGAAUAAGGCAAUAGCGAUAAAUUUCCAACGAGUUGAAAUUCUAUGUCUAUCGCCUUAUAGCCUACCAAUCAGCGUCCAGAUUUUUCAAUUCUGUUUAUGUGUACUAUAACUCUGAAGUGGAUGGAAGAAUAUGCUACAGUCUCUAUACGAAAUCAGAUUGACAUUUUUUAUUUAUUUCGCGGCAUUGUGCAACGAAAGGCGACAAUUAUAUAUCGCUUAUUUCUAUAGCAUUCUUAUCUCUCUAUUACUAUUCUUAUCGCUGUUGUCUCGCUGUUGUGUUUAGAGUUUUAGCAUCGAAACCAUCUAGACAGACCUACGGUCAUGUUCUACCUUUUGAUAAUUUUACCUGUUAGGUAAAUCUGGUAAUCUUGUUACUUACCCAACAAGUAAAAUUUACCAAAAGGUGAAACAACCGGUCUGUAGAAAGAGAUAGAAUGAUGUUUGGUAGAGAGAAUCGAGGGAGAGUGGAGCCGAGAUUGUUUCUCUUCUCUGAUUAGUUCUGCCAUUUGUAGUACAACUUCCGCAAAUGUGCAUGUGUGUAUAUGUACAUCUAUAUCAUACACAUAAUAUUAGUGUAUGCGGUGCAAUACACUAGAAUAGUGUGUGCAUACUUUCUAUGUAUGUUGCAUCACGUUCCUACCAUCGGCUUGUUCUUUUUGGCUGAACUUUUGCACCAGUUUACCUUUCUUCCUUUUCUUUCUAGGAAGGAAGAGGAAGGAAGAGAUAAACUAAUACAAAAGUUCAGCCAAAAAGAAUAGGCUUCAUAUCUCCUACUCACAUCAAUGGUGCACUACAAAUGGCGGUUUCCGAGUGAGUUCGGACUCCACUCUCCUUCGAUUCUCUCUGAUGUUUGGGUAGUAGCGAUCAAUAGGACAAUAGUAGAAAGAGAGUUCCGUGCCUAAAUAUUGUAUUUACCUUUCUCUUUCUAAGCCCGCAAGACGAAAAAUCAAAGACAUUUUGCCGCAUGCUCCGUCCAGUACAAUAAUAUGUCGAUAUAUGGCUUCCACCAUGCCUUGAGGUAUAAAACCAGAGACAAUUGAAAAGCACAGGCAAUAGAAACAAAGAAUAAUAAAUUUUAACCUAUCAAAAACGUAUAUUCCAGAAUACACAGUUUCUGAUAGGUUGAAAUUUAUUAUUUCUUAUUCCUAUUACCUGUGCUUUUCGAUUAUGCAUUAGACUUUACUGUAAAUUAUAGACUUGCAUAAUAGACUUUUCAUUGAAGACGUAAGGACAACAUUAAUAAGAGAGAGAGAGAGAGAGAGAGCAGUAAUCAAUCUUUUUUUUUAGUUAUUCAAUUGUGUAAUAUGUGACUGAAUAAGUAACAGAUCAUUCAUGUUCUGUUUUUCAUAUGUGUCUUCAGCUGUCAUGUAUGAAUGCGACGUAAUCUAUUUAUUAUACACAGUGCGACAAAUAUGUUCCCGGACACGAACCAUAUCUCAGCAACCAGUGGCAACAUCUGUGCGUUCAAACAUGCAUUUGAAAGGUUUAACAUUUCCCUAUCAUCUGUCAAAGUUUCAUUCAUUUUGGUUGACAUAUAACGAAGAUAUCACAGUUCAUGUUAAAUAAGAUUUUGGUCGAGGUAGAAAUUUUAAUAUGGAACAAAGAGCAGUGAUUAAAUUUAACGCAAAACUUGGUAAAAGUGCAUCAGAAACAUUCCGAUUGAUGCAACAAAUUUACGGCAAUCAAUGUCUAGGUCGUACAGCUGUUUUUGAGUGGCAUAAGCGUUUUUUGGAAGGCAGAGAGACCCUUGAAGAUGACAAAAAAUCAGGACGGCCAAUUUUGGUUCGAACACCCGAAAUGAUCGAAAAAGUACGUAAUUUUGUUGCAAACGAUCGCAAUGCGUCACUAAAAAUGAUGGAGGAGGCUUUAAAUAUCAGUAGAGAAACGAUUCGAACCAUAUUACAUGAAGAUUUGGGUAAAACGAAGAGACAUUUCUACCUCGACCAAAAUCUUGUUUAACAUGAACUGUGAUAUCUUCGUUAUAUGUCAACCAAAAUGAAUGAAACUUUGACAGAUGAUAGGGAAAUGUUAAACCUUUCAAAUGCAUGUUUGAACGCACAGAUGUUGCCACUGGUUGCUGAGAUGUGGUUCGCGUCCGGUAACAUAUUUGUCGCACUGUGUAUAAGUCUAUGCUGUAAAUAUAUGCAAUUUUGUAGUGCUUAGAGUUUUCCAGUGUAAAUUUAAUUAAAUAUCAGUGAUGAAAUGAUUAGCAAAUACUUGCCAAACUAAACAAUGUAAAUGAUAAGGAAUUAAAACCGCGAGAUUUUAUUAACAGUUGUAUCAUAUCGGAGAAAGUGUAUAUGUGUACAUGACAGAAUUUACUGUAAAGUAUGUUUUGUAAGAAUAUAACUGAUAUCGUUAUGUGUAGAUCACAUAUGUUACACUUGGAUAGAUACGUGAAUUGAGCCGGAAAAUUAUAACGAUAUUGCUGGACAAUAGGAAGAUUCUAUACAUAUAAUGAGGAAAGAGCAAAUUAAAAUUGGUAAAGAAUACAUACACAAUAAUAUG